AUGGCCGGCGCCGAUGGUUCUCAAGGCCCCAUGGUCGUAGGUGUCAGCGUGGCAUUUGCCGCCUUGACCUUUAUUGUUUUAGCUUUUCGUCUCUUUGCACGCAUUUUCGUCUUGGGUCAAAUGGGUAUUGACGACUGGAAGUGGAUUAUGUCUGAUAUAUUUUACCAGCACUAUACUAACAUCUUCCAGACCUCAUUGGCGUUGUCGUGGUCCUUCAUUGCUGCCACACUGGUCGCGGUCAAACAUGGGCUUGGAAAACACAUUGAGGGUGUUGACCCGACCAAGAAGGUCGACUAUUCUUUUGCCGUCUGGCUGAGCUCAAUAUUCUAUCUUGCAAUACUUGGAUUCAUCGAAACCUCCGUCCUGUGCUUCUAUACCCUAUACGGAGAUUUCUAUCUCACUCGCAUGCCCCGGGUUAUGCUGGGAGUUAUUAUUAUGGAGCAGGCCAUCUCAUUCGUUCUCGUGGCUGCAUUCCAAUGUCAACCCAUUAGCAUGGACUGGACUGGCACUGGACCCGGGAAAUGCGUCAACAUCAACCUUUUCUACCUGUGCAACGCCGUCCUGAACAUUGUCACCGAUCUCUUAACUUGUACCUUGCCUAUCAAGGUAAUCUUCCAUCUCCAGAUUCCUCAGAAACAGAAGAUUGUUCUGGCCUUUAUCCUCUGCCUUGGUCUUUUCUCGAAGGACUCCACCUACGCCAUCAGGGGUGCCAUGGACUGGUCAGUUAUCGAAACCAACAUCGGCCUCCUUGCUGCCUCAAUCCCGUCAUUCAAGGCGAUUGCAUCCCGUUUCCUGCCCCGCUUCAUCGGCGAAUACAGCAGUGGGAAGAAAUCCGGCCCCUGGUCAAGCGAAAACAAUGCCCCGCGGUAUGCAUCUGGAUUCGCCAAGGUCAGAGAUCCAAACAGCAUCACUAUGGUCACAGUUACCGGAAAGGAGGAUGUUCCCAUGGGUACCAAUAUUGGCGCGGCCAGCAACUCCAGCGAGGAGCGCAUUAUCCCCCAAGGCAAGAUCUUCGCUCAUACCGAGAUCGAAACUACCUUCGAAAGACAUGAUUCUGGGAGUGACAGUUCACCAUCGCUCGAGGGGGCUUGUCAAUGA